UUUUGACUCUGUCUUGCUAUCACGUGAUUUGUGGGAAGAUGUUUACAAAUAUAAGUGAUUUUUUCCCAAAACAACUAUAAUUUAACAACAUUUUUGGAGUUUUAUCUGCAAGACAUGUAUAGAGGAACAAAAUGAAUGGUGAUGGUCCCCAUGUAAAUGAACGGCAAUCACUUCAAACUAGACUUCUUGAUGCCGUAAAACAGUGCCAGGUGAGAUUUGGGGGGAGAACAGAGCUUGCCACUGAGACUGAUUCUAGGGUAUCAUGCUUGUGUUCAGCAUGGGAAAGCGUGCUUCUUCACGGUCUCCGAGGGGAAACCAAGACCCUGGCUGCUCUCAAGCAAGUCACAGAGAUCACUGGCCUCAACAAAGUAGCUGGAAUAUUUACAGAGAAACCAGCUGACAAAGACAUAUCCUUUUGGGGUUAUGUGAAGGAAGUGCUCACGAAACAUGAAGCUGAGAGGUUUAUGGCUCUGAAGAACAUCAAGACGGACUCUGGAAGGGGUCGGGCCUGGCUGCGGGCCUCACUCAAUGAACACUCCCUUGAGAGAUACAUGCAUAUGCUCAUAGAAAACCCUGCCAUCAUCGGGCAGUACUAUGAGGGCUGGUCAUACCUACAGGAUCAGGAGAAGAGCAGCAUGCUCCCCAUGAUGGCUCGUGGUCUUGACUCGAUUCUGUUUGCUGUGACGGUUGACAACGUGGAUCUGAAUGCUGUGCACCAGAUCACCACACCCAUGGUUCAGGCUGGUGGUGCUGUCUCCACCCCUCUUAAACCCCAGGCUGAACUGAGGCCAGUCAUCGCCGGGGAGAGUCCACCAGACCAGGAAAAAGAAGUGGUAGUUAAAAAGAAAGAAAAAAAGAAGAAAAAGAAAGUUGCCCAUAUAGUGAGUUUUGAUGAGGAUGCAUCGGGCUCAGGCACUUUCUCACGGGUGGGAAACUAUGGGAAAUCUGGGAGCUUCAGCCUCGAGUCCCCUCUAGACUCGCCAACAAUACUGGCAAAUGAUAAUGAACAGCCAACCUUUUCCACACACACAGUGACAAAAAACAAUAUUGGUGCUAGAAGUGAUUUUCAAACUAUCAAUCAAUCAAAAUCUGUGACACAAGCAGUGGACAUCAAAUCAAAAGCUGGCAUAGAGUCCAGCAGGACAGGAAGUGCAAUGGGCAGUCUGAGUGAGAUGAGGCGGAAUCCUAGCAUUGCCAGCUCCAGACGGAGUCAAGGGUCAAUAGACUCAACAGAUUUUGAGCUUAGUAUGGAGAUCAGUGGUGCGGUGAUGACCCCGAUCUCCCCGGAGGGCCACUCCGCCCUCAAUGACAACAGUGGCUCAUAUGGGUCGAACAGUCUGUCUGCCUUCCAAGAUGAGGACAUCCAGUCGGCAACGUUUGCCCUACAGCAGGCACAGAACAGUUUUAACGCAAGUCACCGGACACAAGGAGAUGGGGGAAACAUGGCGGAAGACAUCCACAAUGACAAGAUGUCAACAGAGGAGCUGAAGAAGGCCGUGGUAUCCAUGAUGCUGCGGAAGGAUGAGGUCGAGGAACAAAACAAGAUUAUGAAGCAAAUGUUGGAACAAGAGAUGGAGACGUCAUCGUUGCUUCGGGCGGAGAUUGAGGACAUGAAGCACCAGGCUGAUGUCAGACAGGAAAAGGAGGCUGCCAAGCUACUGGCAUUGCAGAAGGAAAAUGAGCUGUUAAAGCAUCAGUUACGGAAGUAUGUAAAUGCAGUCCAGAUGUUGAGAACAGAAGGCACCACUGUAGAUGAGAACCUGGGUAUCAAAAUGGAGGAUCCCCAGCCUAGCAUCCCACCAGAGAAAUCAAGCACUGACUACAGCCAUGAAGCAGAGGAGUACGAGAAAAAACUCAUACAGGUUGCAGAGAUGCACGGGGAGUUGAUGGAGUUCAACGAGCUGCUACACCGCCAGCUUAACCUGCGGGAACACAUGCUCAAACGCCUCCAGAAUGAGCUCAUCGACCUAAGGGGACCGCUUCCCAAUGAUAUUAACUUCACAGACGACUUGCUGGCUCUUGGGGCCGAAAGUUUGAAGAUGCAGCAGACCACUCUUAUAAAUGUGUGGAUACCGUCAGCCUUCUUGAGAGGGAAAACUUCAGACACCCAUCAUGUAUACCAGGUUUAUGUUCGUAUACGUGAUGAAGAAUGGAAUGUGUACAAGAGGUACAAGCAGUUCAACGAUCUUCACUCCGAGAUGAAGAAGAAAUACCCACUCACGGCCAAGUUUGACUUUCCACCUAAAAAGUCCUUUGGGAAAAAGGACAGUAAGGUGGUGGAGAGCCGUCGUCUCGUGCUGCAGACAUACCUCCGCUCCCUCAUCAACCACCUACUAGAAAAACAGUCCACCCUCGCUGGCAAUGCCUGUAAACAGUCACUCCUGGACGUUCUGCCCUUUUUCAGUGACAAGUCUGUGGAGGACAAGAAAAAGAAGAAAUCUGAGGGCAGUAGAACCCCGCUGUCAUCUAGCCCCCCAGCAGUACCACUACCGGAACAGUAUGGGGGGUUAUAGCCCCACUAUGUAAUAGGGUGGUUAUAACCUCUUUGCAUAUUAGGGGUUUAUAGCCCCACUUUGUAAUUGGGCAGUUAUAGCCUCACUGCUUUAUUGGGGGUUAUAGCCCCACCAUGUUAUAGGGAGGUUAUAGCCUGACUGUGUUAAAGGGGGUUAUAGCCAAACUAUAUAAUAGGGCUGUUAUAGCCUGACUGUUAUAGGAUGUUAUAGACCCAGUAUGUAAUAGGGAGGUUAUAGCCUGACUGUGUUAUUGGGGGUUAUAGCCAGACUAUGUUAAAGGGAGGUUAUAGCUUGACUGUGUUAUAGGGGGUUAUAGCCAAACUAUGUAAUAGGGCAGUUAUAGCCUGACUGUUACAGGGUGUUAUAGGCCCACUAUGUAAUAGGGAGGUUAUAGCCUGACUGUGUUAUAGGGGGUUAUAGCCAAACUAUGUUAUAGGGAGGUUAUAGCAUGACUGUGUUAUAGGGGGUUAUAGCCAAACUAUGUUAUAGGGAGGUUAUAGCAUGACUGUGUUAUAGGGGGUUAUAGCCAAACUAUGUUAUAGGGAGGUUAUAGCAUGACUGUGUUAUAGGGGGUUAUUGUCCUACUAUGUUAUAGGGAGGUUAUAGCUUGACUGUGUUAUAUGGAGUUAUAGACCCAGUAUGUUAUAAUGAGGUUAUAGCUUGACUGUGUUAUAGGGGGCUAUAGACCCACAAUGUAAUACUGAGGUUACAGCUUGACUGUGUUAUAGGGGAUCAUAGCCCCACUAUGUAGUAGGGUGGUUUUAGCCUCACUGCAUUUUAUUGGGUUAUAGCUCCAUGUUGUAGCCUCACUGUGUUACAUGGGGAUAUUGCCCCAUUGUAUUAAUGGGAGUUUUAGUAAAACUGGUUUUAGACAGUUAUAGCCCAACUGGGUUACAGGUGAUUACAGCCCCACAGUGUAAUAGGGUGGUAAAGCCUCCUUAAUAUUUUAUUAUUAUUUUUUUUUUGCCGAAAUUUUCAUUUGUUUGACUUCCAUGUUACUUCUUUGAUGUGCAUUCCAAAAGUUUAUGUUACAGAGGAAUUGUUUGUUAAAGAAUUAUGAAAAAGAACUCUUUAAUUGCAUGCCAUGUUACCACAUAAUAUUAUAUCAUAUAUGGGCUGUAUGUAUUGCUGUCACUUGUUCAUAUUUGAAGAUUUGUUGUUGUCCAUUUUUCGUCUAUUAUAAGUUUAUAAAGUCAAUGAUGUAACAUUAUUGCAACAUAAUAUGUUUCAUUUUUAAGAGAUUGUUUCAUAUAGGGUAUUUACCUGCUCAGUAAGUUAUGGCCAAAAGUGCUGUCCUUCUGACCACAAUAUGUUUUAAUGGUCAAAAUUAGUUUUUGUUACUGAGGUGAAACAGUGUUUAAAUGUCUCUACUUUCUUAACCCCCAAUAACUAAACAGACACAGAAACAUGUAUUAUAAAACCAUGGAAACAAUCCCAGUAGCCUUGUCAUUUUGAUGGAGUUUAAUCUUUAGAACUUUUUGCAACUUGUUAAUGUUUCCACAUUUUUCAUUAUUGUAUCAGAACAAGUUACAAGUUCAUCACUCAAAUUAUUUCAUAGCUUGAUGCUUCGCCAUGCUGGUUGGGUUUCGCAUAAGAAUUAUUAUCAGAGAAUGUGUUUACUGUUAAUUAAUUUUUUUAUAUCGAGCAUCUGGAUUAUAUCGCACCAUAUCAUGUCAGUAUGUCUAGUAGUUUUAUUAGACAAUACCGAGAGUUGACAGUAUUUGGUAUACCAUUAUUUGAAUGAUGAAAUAGGUAUCUACAAUCCUUUAGUAUGACCUAAGUGUUAAUGGUGCAAUUUAGCUUAGCAUAUUUUAAGGGGCCAGUGCAAUUUACCUGGCAUUUCUCAAAGUGCGUUAAUGUACUUGCAAUGCUAUAAACUGUGUAUAAUGUAUGAAAUUUUAAAUAUUGCUUAUAUGGUACUUUUAGAGUAUAUUUAUGGAAUAUAAAAUUCUGAAUAAAUAUUUUAAAUAUAA